AUGGAGGCGCUUUCUCUACUAUCGAAACCAAUUGUUGAUUUUGCAGAAAAGUCUGUGCGUCUUUGGAAACGAUGUACGAAACCAGAUCAGAAGGAGUAUGCACGUGUCGCUCAGGCGGUUUUGCUAGGUAUUCUGCUUCUGGGUUUGAUUGGGUACUUCAUUCGUUUAAUCCAUAUUCCCAUCAAUAAUAUCCUUCUGGGUUAG